AUGCCGCAAACGUGGGUGGAUGCUGGUAACUUCCACACAGCACCAGCAACUUGCUUCCAUACAAGCGGCAGAUGCGCCUCCAACAUUUCAACAACCCUCCCACUCAUCAACAUCCAGCUAGCCAAUGAGGUUUCAGAAGUAAUUGAACAUUUGAAUGGGACUCCACUUAAGACGAUUACCUUGCCAAAUGUGCAAACCCCUUUUGGAAAAUUUUCAUUUUAUUGCUUGGUUCACGUGUCUGUGCGGGAGACUGCAGAGACAACUGCCAGCCAGGAAAAGAAGAAACAACGUGAGGGGAUGAUGAUGAGAAGAAAAAUGCAAAAGAGAAGACACAGAACGGUUGGGAAACAUGAAAGAAAGAUGGAGAAACGGAGGAAGAGAGAACGAAAAAAAGUAAUCCCUUUGGAGAAAUUAGAAUGA